UUCAAGUGCGCACACGAGACGCGCUCCAUUCUCGAGAUCUGUUUUCGAGAAACUCCUAAGGAAAUACCCAUUAGAACACUCGAUUCUCCACGGCAAGAUGCUGUCAACAACGAGCUCUUUUAACGCCCACCUAUUGUUAUUAUUUUUGGGUGGCCUGCUGCUAACUCAUCACUGUGUCCAAGGUCAGGCGAAUAAAGUGUCCUCCAAGUUGGAUUUCGAUGAGGGCGACGGCAGCAACAAUCAGACGGGCUUACCGGGGCAGCCGGGCCAAGUGGGCGGCGGGAUUGGAAACGGGAGCUACGACCCAGGAACGGGACGAGGCUUGGGUGGAGGAGGUGGAGGUUCCGGUGGCUCUGGAGGAGGCAGCGGAAGCAGCAGCGGCGGCGGUGGAACAUCCAGCGGUGGAAAUCGACCCAAGAUCCACGGCGUUCGGGUCACCGUAGAUACGGGAGAUGGACAGCAGCAAACGAAAGAGUCCAAGGAGAGCGUGGAAAUUACGGAUUUGGGCAAGCACAAGAAGCGUGUGGGCAUCCACACGGACAUCACGUUCGAAAUAACCUCGGAUUCGGAUGGGAAUGAAACCAGCUCCGCUCAGCAGCAGGGCGACAAGGAGGACGCCAGUGUGCCCAUCUACAAGGGUCGUGGUGGCAGCGAGCCAAAGCACAAGACCCGCAAACCAUAUGAUCCAAAAUCCCAGUGGAAUCCCAACUUCUCCGGCGAACAGCGCGGCUACCAGGGCAGCAAUCGUGGUGGCUACCAGGGAUCCAAUCGCCGUGACUACUAUCCGCAGUACUAUCCCGAGAACGUCUACACCGGCGGAGGUUCCGAUGCCGGCAGCAUCUACAGGAACGGGGAGACCUGGACGCACUACGUGCCCGUUUGGACCACGGAGCGGGCGCCCCAGGAACAGGGACAGAUUUACCGGAGACCCAGCUGGAAGCCCUGCUACUGCAUGUCAUCCGCGGACUUUAGACGGCGUCGGGAUAGCAAAGCCGGCAGAGAUCCGGUGGAUCAGCACAAGGGUGUGAUCAACAGUGGGGUAGUCCAGGUGGUAGAUGGCAAGCUGGAGAGACCCUUCUCCUGA